UUAGUCAUCUUCGGAACGAUCUCUCUCAUCCGGGCAUUCAUAUUUCCCGCGGCAAGCACGAAAAACCCGAAAACCCCCGAGCUAGUGUUCUCUCUCCUUCAUCACUAGUCUUCGAGCUCCCUUUCGCGCUUCUAUGUACACUUAAUGGUGCUCUCUCUCUUGCGUGACUGAUCUUUGAGCUCGCCUUCGCGCCUUCUUUGUAAACUUAACGGUACUCUCCCUCUCUUACUCUCUUCUCCAAGUAUAGGUCUCUCUCAACCUAUAGAUUCUUGUGUGCUCAGAUUCUUUUUCUUCUUCUCCAUCACUAAUUGAAUCAUUUUUGUUCCUUUUCCUCAAAUAAUUUAUCGAAAUCCCAAAUAAUUGCAUAUUUCCUAGGUUUCCUUUUGCUUUCGCAAAGCUAGUCCAGGACUAAAGGUAUAUCACUAUGACGGAAGAUUCAUCAAGAGAGGAUUUCAGCAAUACACUUCGAAUUCUUGUUGCAACAGACUGCCACCUUGGUUAUAUGGAAAAGGAUGAAAUACGUCGACUUGAUUCCUUUCAGGCCUUUGAGGAGAUAUGCUCAAUAGCGGAGCAGAAACAAGUAGACUACUUACUCCUUGGGGGUGAUCUUUUUCAUGAAAACAAGCCUUCAAGAACCACUCUCGUGAGAGCUAUUGAGAUCCUGCGUCGCUAUUGCCUCAAUGACCGACCUGUGCAGUUCCAAGUUGUUAGUGAUCAGACAGUAAACUUCUUAAACACAUUUGGUCAUGUAAACUAUGAGGAUCCUCAUUAUAAUGUUGGCCUCCCAGUAUUCAGUAUUCAUGGCAACCAUGACGACCCAUUAGGAGUGGAUAACCUAUCUGCAAUGGAUAUCCUUGCUGCAUGCAAUCUUGUAAAUUAUUUUGGUAAAAUGGCUCUUGGAGGUUCUGGUGUUGGGCAGAUUACACUUUAUCCCAUACUCAUCAGAAAGGGUUCAACGUCAGUCGCCCUAUAUGGACUUGGUAAUAUUCGGGAUGAACGGCUGAACCGAAUGUUUCAGACCCCCCAUGCUGUGCAAUGGAUGCGACCUGAAGCGCGAGAAGGUUGUUCCUUGUCAGACUGGUUCAACAUUUUUGUCCUUCAUCAAAACAGGAUCAAGUCAAAUCCAAAAAAUGCAAUAAAUGAGCACUUCCUUCCUAGAUUCUUGGACUUUGUCAUAUGGGGGCAUGAGCAUGAAUGCCUUAUUGACCCACAGGAAGUUCCAGGAAUGGGUUUUCAUGUAACACAACCAGGAUCUUCUGUGGCAACAUCUCUCAUUGAAGGGGAAGCUAAAGCUAAGCACGUGCUUCUUUUGGAAAUUAAGGGAAGUCAAUACCGUCCAACUAGAAUACCUUUGAAGUCAGUUAGACCUUUUGAAUAUGCUGAGGUUGUACUGAAGGAGCAGACUGACAUUGAUCCGAAUGAUCAAAAUGCUGUUCUUGAGCAUCUUGACAAAGUUGUGAGAAAUCUUAUUGAAAGUAGUCGCCGAAAAAGUGCUGGACAAGCUGAAACAAAGCUACCAUUAGUUCGAAUAAAGGUAGAUUAUACUGGGUUCAUGACAAUAAACCCUCAAAGAUUUGGUCAAAAGUUUGUGGGAAAGGUAGCAAAUCCACAGGACAUUCUUAUAUUCUCAAAGGCUGCAAAAAAACGUCAGUCUCUGGAAGGGAAACUUGAAAAUUCAAAGGAACCAAUGGGGGAGAAGCACUAUGAGAUGUCAUGCUGUAUGCUUGCCUUGGAUAUGCGACGCCGGACAGGAAAAAUUGAGGAUUCUGAAAGACUUCGUCCGGAGGAGUUAAAUCAACAAAAUAUAGAGGCUCUAGUCGCCGAAAGUAACUUGAAAAUGGAUGUUCUUCCAGUGAAUGACUUGGAUGUUGCAUUACAUGAUUUUGUGAACAAGGAUGACAAAAUGGCCUUCUAUUCUUGUGUCCAAUACAAUCUAGAGGAGAUACGUAAUAAACUUACCAAGGAAGCAGAUCCUCUGCAACUGAAAGAGGAGGAAGAUUUGAUCCUCAAAGUGGGUCACUGUAUGCAGCAACGUGAAAACGAGAGAUCCUUAAGGGCCAAGGAAGGUGGCCAAUCCGCAUCUAGUUCCCAAAUGUGGCAGGAUAGUCGAGGGAAGCGUGCAGUGGGUGUUGGGAGUUCACAUACCUUCAGUGAUGAUGAGGAUGGUGAUCAGAUGGCAUCAAGCUUGAAUGCUUCAAACACCAACAAUUAUUCUAAACAAAAACGUGACAGUUCUGUAGCUUCUCGAGGAGGAACUGGUAAGAGAGGCAGAGGCAGAGGCAGAGGUGGAGGUUCUAGUGGUUUGAAGCAAACGACUUUGGAAGCAACCAUGAGAAGCCGCCAUUCACAGAGAUCUGCAUCAAUUGCUGCUUCUACUGCAGCUCGGAGCAUUGCAGUUGAUGAAGAAGAUAGCGUUGAUUCAGGCUCAAGUGGUGAACCAAGAAAGGAAGAACUGGAUAAAGCUGUUGAUAGCUCAGAGCCUGAAAACAUUCCCCAGCCAAGUAAAGGGCGCAAAAGAGCAGCUCCUAGGGGCAGGGGAAGGGGUUCUUCCUUAACCCCAAAAAGAGGAAGGAAAUCAGACAACUCUGUUAUCCAGAAAAUGUUUAUGAAUGAUGACGACGACGAUGAGGAUGAAUCAUCCAACAGAUUAAAGAAAACCCAACCUCAGGUAACUCGGAAUUAUGGUGCUUUGAGGAGGGGAGGAAGGAAUUAGAGAUUGUUACAACUUUGGUUUUACAUAACUUCUGUAACUGACUAGACCGGUUUACCAAGAGGUGCUACAGCUGUUCCGAGUUGCAUUGAUGCUUUUGCGAUGCUCGCUGCUCCGAUGGAUAACGAAAUCAAACUUGUGGCUCGCUUUGUGGAAUCUGGGAGAUACUUUUUGUGAUUCUAAGCUUUUGCGUGUCUUUCAGUGUGAGCCACAAGAAGCAAACCUGAUGAGUCCAAAGCUGCGGUUGAAAUAGAUAUAAUACUUCGUUAUCAGCAAAUAUGUGCUUUUUCAUAUUUGAAAAACAUUGGUGAUGAUACUAGGGAUUGUUUGCUUCUCUUAAAAGCUUGAAUCAUUUUAGAAUUGAGGUGGUUAUUA